AUGCUCCCAGGACAGCACACCUGCCCCGGCACCAGCCAGCCCGACGACUCCACGCCGGAGGAGGACUUCGACAACGAAGUCCAGGCACUCCUGGCCCGAGUCAACGUGGCCGAGUUGUGUCGAGCGGCGAGCGCUCUGUCCGGUGGAAGACCGUGCCGGUUUUCCACUGAAAACCUUGGCCAACGCAAGGCCACCAUCAAGGGCAUCAACCUCGAUGCCUGGAUCCGUUUCGAGGGCGGCCAGGCAUGGCAUGUUCGCAUUCCUCGCAUCACGGCCCUCAGCCACCUCCCGGUGGACCUGGUCGACUCCUUUAUCCAAAACGAGUAUGCGACCCUCAAGUGGCUUUGGAAGGCUGGCAUACCUGCUCCCAGAUGCUACGGGUACGGUCUUGCCAGUGACCCAUCCAACCUCGUGGGCGUCAGUUACAUCUUCCUGUGUGUCGUGCCAGGCAAACCUUUCGACGCGUCCAAGGCAACUCUUGAGCAGAAGCUCAAGGUCUACGACCAAUAUGCAAAGAUCCUCGCGACAAUUCAGUACCAGACACCUCGCGGAUAUGCUUCUUCUCUCGCCCACACAGAGAACAAGAAGGAGGACUACAAUGUUGAUGACGCCAUAGCUAGCGACAGGUUCACUCACCUCGGCAGACAUGGACCUUUCCGUACGCCUCUCGAAUACUUUACCUCAAUAGCAGAGUGGCAUCUCCAGCUUAUCGCUGAUGGACAACUUUACCCCGAGUACGCCAGGGAGGCCUAUGUUUUCUACAAGCUGCUCAAAGAGAGAGCUGCCCCGGUCCUAGCGAAGCGAUCUGGUCCAAGAUUUUGGCUGAAGCAUAUCGAUGACACGGGGGACCAUAUCCUCGUGGAUAGAGACUACAACAUCAGGUCGAUUGUCAAUUGGCAACUUGCCAGAUUCGUCCCGGCAGAGGAGGCUUUUGGCCCAAGUCUCCUUACAGCUAAUAUUGGACAGUUGUACGGCGGUACACCUGGACUAGGUACUGGCGACCACAUGUUGGCCAGCAUGAUCCGAGCCACUGGUAACCAGGAAUUAAUCAAGUUCUCUUCGUCAGAUGACCUUGCGCGUCGUUUUCAGCUUGGGCUCGCCGACGGACUGUCCAGGGCAGAAGUUCUCGGAUUGAUUGGAGCUGUGUUGAAACUGCUCUACGGAGAUGUCUUCCGGGAUAUCGAUGGUUGGUGCAAAGCACAAUGGAUCCGCGUGGCUCAUGACGACCCAAGGAAGAAGAAGAUUGAGGAAUUAUUGGAGGCUAUGGCGGCUGGAGGAGCUUGA